UUUUCAGUUUCAUCUUGUUGCUGUUCUCGCAUAGAACAUGAAAUCAGCUUAAAACCCUAGGAGUGCAUAACAAUCUGUAAUAAUUGAUAAUGCAAUCCAAGAUCAAUUCUUUUUUCAAACCAUCCCCUUCUUGUUCUUCAUCUUCGACACCCAAGUCAGUAGAUCAAGACCCCCUUGUCGACGACAUAUUCUUCGACACGGGCGAGGAUGAGCACAUCAAAGAACAUGAAAUUGUCGUCAAAUACAAACGUAGAGAUGUAAAUAUAGACAGUGGAGGAUUGGGAAAUUCUGAUUUAGGGGAUUCUUCGUCUAAGAUGGUUCUGGCCAAGUCUUCGAAAGUUCUAACUAAAAAAAGAAGCUAUGCACAGUACCAUUUGGAGUUGGGGCAAUCUGAUUUUCUAUUGCAUACUUGUAGUACAUGUGGCUUCAAGUAUGCUACUGGGGAUGAAGAGGAUGAGAAGGUUCACAACUCGUUUCACAAAACGUAUACACAUGGGAUUCAAUUUAAGGGUUGGCGGAAUGAAAGGGUCAUCCAUGUAGCAGAAGAGGGGCGUGUUCUGUUAGUGUUGGAUGGUGAUCCUCCUGCUCAGUGGAAAAAGGUUCAAGAGGUUGUAAAAAUGAUGGAGACGGAGCUUGGUGAGGGAUGGAUAUGCAAUAAGGAUUGCAAGAUCUACCUAUUUAUUUCCUCCAGCAGAAUUUCUGGCUGUUUAGUUGCUCAACCAAUAGAAAAAGCUUAUAGGAUUAUAUGCAACACUGUAGAUGGGACAUCCAGUAGUAAUAGUAGCAAAAAAACAAAAUCCGGCUCAGAUACAAUGCAAUUUGGUAGUGUGAGCUUUCAGAGAGAAAGGGCGAAAAGUGUUUCUUCCUCUAAAAAUUCCCAAGUCUUAAAUGACAGUCUCAGUGGGGCUAUUUUGUGUGAAAAGGAAGCUUUGCCUGCAGCAUGUGGCAUUAGAGCCAUUUGGGUUGCUCCUGCGAACAGAAGAAAACACAUUGCCACCCGUUUGCUCGAUGCUGCAAGAAAAAGCUUUUGCUCGGGUCCAAUCCUGGAAAAAUCUCAGCUGGCAUUCUCGCAGCCCACCUCAGUUGGAAAGGCACUGGCCUCUACUUAUUCCAGCACUCCGUCGUUUUUGGUCUACAGAACUACUGAUAUGGAGUAGUUUUCCUUUUCCAUUCCUAGCCUUUUUAUCCUCUUCCUGUUACCCCAUGACUUGCAAGUCGGGUUAUACAUCUGUAAUACGCUUACCAUGUUAGACUACAAACUCUUUUAAACGUUUGAAGUGAACUUCAUAGAUGAAUUAACAUAUACUAUCGUUUACUAAUAUCAA